AUGGAGUGUGAACUAGGUGACGCCCUCCAAUUGUAUCCCGCGGCCCGGGGGACUCCAUGCGGCCAGGCUGCAGAACAAAAGUGGUGUAUUGAUGGGAAAUGUCGGCUGAAAUCGGAAACAACGAAUGUCUACGAAAUUCCUGGAGGAAGCGAAUGUGGUGAUUCGGGUGGCACCAACACGGGCGGGGAUUCAAGUGGCACCAACACGGGCGGGGAUUCAGGUGGCACAAACACGGGAGGGGAUCCAGAGUGUGUAGACAAAGGUGACGCCGGCGAAACGUGUAAGGAGAUAUCGAACUACUAUUGGACGAUCGAUGACAUGUGUCAGGACACAUACUAUGGACAGGAUAACUGCUGUUUGUUUUGCAAAAAUAGCAAAACGGAUGGAAACGGAGAUUCGGAUGGCACCAACAAUGGUGGAGAUUUGGAUGGCACCAACACGGGCGGGGAUUCAGGUGGCACAAACACGGGCGGGGAUUCAGGUGGCACAAACACGGGUGGGGAUUCAGGUGGCACAAACACGGGCGGGGAUUCAGGUGGCACAAACACGGGUGGGGAUUCAGGUGGCACAAACACGGGCGGGGAUUCAGGUGGCACAAACACGGGUGGGGAUUCAGGUGGCACAAACAAGGGCGGGGAUUCAGGUGGCACAAACACGGGCGGGGAUUCAGGUGGCACAAACACGGGCGGGGAUUCAGGUGGCACAAACACGGGUGGGGAUUCAGGUGGCACAAACACGGGCGGGGAUUCAGGUGGCACAAACACGGGCGGGGAUUCAGGUGGCACAAACACGGGCGGGGAUUCAGGUGGCACAAACAAGGGCGGGGAUUCAGGUGGCACAAACACGGGCGGGGAUUCAGGUGGCACAAACAAGGGCGGGGAUUCAGGUGGCACAAACACGGGCGGGGAUUCAGGUGGCACAAACAAGGGCGGGGAUUCAGGUGGCACAAACAAGGGCGGGGAUUCAGGUGGCACAAACACGGGCGGGGAUUCAGGUGGCACAAACACGGGCGGGGAUUCAGGUGGCACAAACACGGAUGGGGAUUCAGGUGGUACAAACACGGGCGGGGAUUCAGGUGGCACAAACACGGGUGGGGAUUCAGGUGGCACCAACACGGGCGGGGAUUCAGGUGGCACAAACACGGGUGGGGAUUCAGGUGGCACCAACACGGGCGGGGAUUCAGGUGGCACAAACACGGGCGGGGAUUCAGGUGGCACAAACACGGGCGGGGAUUCAGGUGGCACCAACACGGGCGGGGAUUCAGGUGGCACAAACACGGACGGGGAUUCAGGUGGCACAAACACGGGCGGGGAUUCAGGUGGCACAAACAAGGGCGGGGAUUCAGGUGGCACAAACACGGGCGGGGAUUCAGGUGGCACAAACACGGAUGGGGAUUCAGGUGGCACAAACACGGGCGGGGAUUCAGGUGGCACAAACAAGGGCGGGGAUUCAGGUGGCACAAACACGGGCGGGGAUUCAGGUGGCACAAACAAGGGCGGGGAUUCAGGUGGAACAAACACGGGCGGGGAUUCAGGUGGCACAAACACGGGCGGGGAUUCAGGUGGCACAAACACGGGUGGCACAAACACGGGUGGGGAUUCAGGUGGCACAAACAAGGGCGGGGAUUCAGGUGGCACAAACAAGGGCGGGGAUUCAGGUGGCACAAACACGGGCGGGGAUUCAGGUGGCACAAACACGGGCGGGGAUUCAGGUGGCACAAACACGGGUGGGGAUUCAGGUGGCACAAACAAGGGCGGGGAUUCAGGUGGCACAAACACGGGCGGGGAUUCAGGUGGCACAAACACGGGAAGGGAUUCAGGUGGCACAAACAAGGGCGGGGAUUCAGGUGGCACAAACACGGGUGGGGAUUCAGGUGGCACAAACACGGGUGGGGAUUCAGGUGGCACAAACAAGGGCGGGGAUUCAGGUGGCACAAACAAGGGCGGGGAUUCAGGUGGCACAAACAAGGGCGGGGAUUCAGGUGGCACAAACAAGGGCGGGGAUUCAGGUGGCACAAACACGGGAAGGGAUUCAGAGUGUGUAGACAAAGGUGACGAAGGCGAAACGUGUAAUGAGAUAUCGAACUACUAUUGGACGAUCGAUGACAUGUGUCAGGACACAUACUAUGGACAGGACAAGUGCUGUCUUUUUUGUAAAAAUAGAAGAGUGCGUUUGCGUGCGGUUGAAGACGGCACGCCCUCACCUGCAGAACCUCGCGAGGUCGAUCAUUUGAAUGAUCCUGACUACUGCAUCAUCGCCACUGGGAUACCAAAGCAGGACGACGAGGACCUGUUUGAAAAGGCCAAUAGUCUGAUACGCGCACUUGGGGAAAACGUUUAUUCCCGCGUUACGGUGACGGGAACCAUUCGAUUGCCCAGCAAGCUACGAGGAAAACCAGGACCACUGAAAAUCAGCUUUGGCUCGACACCAGAAAAGGUUCUCGUUCUUAGACACAAAAUGAAGCUAAAAGACAUGGAGAAUUAUCAGGAUGUGUUCAUUAAAAGCAGCAAAUCUCACGCAGAAAGGCUCAUAGAGCUCAACGCCAGGACCAUCCUUCGUCAGCUUCCACAGGGAGCUGGUUAUCGUGUUGAUGCCAACGGCCGCAUCCGCCCGCGCCCCGAGCAGCAGCCCGCCGCCGCACGUGACAGUGUAUAG